UAAUCAAAGUGUCAAAUCCUAAUCAAAAAGAACGCCAAAAAUUAAGCGCCAACAUGAAAUCAUGCCAUUGGAUAAUAGCUUUUUGUGUCGUCAGUUCAACCAUAUGUUUUGUUGAGUCAAGCACCAAGAUGCUUUAUGGUGCUGCACUGGCUGCCAUACUUCAAGCCGGACGGAAUCGCUACCAUCAUCCAAUUCCAAUUCCUGUUCCUAUUCCGAUAACUCACCAAAAGAUUGAAAUUCCUGAACAUCAUCAUCACCAUCAUGAAAAUCAUCACCAUCACGUCGAACAUGUUGAUCAUCAUCAUCACCAUAUUGACAAUCACCAUUUAACCAAUCACAUUGAUCAUCAUCAUCAUCAUUUUGAUGAACAUCAUCAUCAUAUACAUGCGGAUCCUUGGGACCAUUCAGAGCAUCAUCAUCACCAUUUUGGACAUCCUUAUUUCUAUUAGAUUACUACCUUAAUCAUCUUGUCCUUCCUCAACAUCAUCUUUAUCACCAGCUUAAUCGUUAAAUUUGACGUAAUGAACUAAUCAAUUUGUUUUUUUCUGUUGCUAAAUUAACAUCUCUCUAAUUCCCAGUACAAAUUAACAUUUAAACAGCAAACAAAACCUCAAUAUAUACAUUGUUUUGUAUAUCAAACGUAUUUUUGUAUGUUUUGUUUUCAUUUUAACUUUUUCAUUUUAUUCAUCCUUUGGUGAAUGGCAAAGUUUAAUUACAAUUAUGAUUAAAUUAAUUUGCCAA